AUGUCCCGCGAAACUAUCAUACCCCCUGAUUCACCGUUCACUUUGGAUAAUAUUCCAUUUGGAGUAAUCUCAACUGCCUCGGACCCAAAACGACGCUGUGCCACGGCCCUUGGACAUCAUGCGAUUGACCUCUCCUUGUUGUGGAAGGGUAGGGAUGGUAUUGAGCCCAAUCAAAACCUUUGCGAAAUUUUCAGCCAACCCUCGCUAAAUGCAUUUGCUGCCUUAAGCUCAACCACGAGGUCUAAAGUGAGAGAAAUUCUCAUCCACGACUUAUCAACUGGAUGUGUACCGGAGAAAUGUUUUAUCCCACUCAGCCAAGUUCAUAUGCACCUUCCGAUGAAGAUUUGGGGGUACUCAGACUUCUUUUGCUCGCUGGAGCACGCGCAGAAUUGUGCUCCUUUGGCUGGUGGCAAGGUCGCGCGGAACUUCUUUUACGCUCCCUCCGUCUACAAUGGAAGAGCAUCAAGUGUCAUGCCUUCCCCCAACCCGGUCCGACGACCGAAAGGUAUUAAAUAUGCCCAUGGCGUUGGUCAGCCGGUUUUCGGACCAACGAUCAAGAUGGACUUUGAGUUGGAGAUAGGAUACUUUGUUUCGAAGCCCAUUCCUUUAGGAGAGACUAUUAACGCGAUCGACGCGCCAGAGCAUAUUUUCGGAUUUGUUCUUUUGAAUGAUUGGUCUAGUCGAGAUUUCCAGGAGUUUGAAAUGACUCCCUUGGGUCCUUUUCAUUCUAAAGGAUUUGGAACCAGUAUAUCCCCCUGGGUUAUCACAUUGGAUGCACUCAAACCCUUUGCCUGUGAACCUGAACAUAUCCAUUCUGCUACUGAAUUCGACCAUCAGCGUUAUGAAGAACGCGCAACUGCCACAUUUGACAUCCGAUUAAAUGCGUCGCUCAUCAGAAAUGGGGAAAGGUAUAAUAUUACAGAGAGUAACCUACGCUCUCUUUACUGGACCCCAUAUCAACAAAUCGCACACCAUGCAUCCGCAGGUUGUGGUCUCGAAACAGGUGAUUUGAUGGGCACAGGAACAAUAUCUGGCCAGCACGAAGGCGAACUGGGAUGCCUUUUCGAGGCAACUAAAGAUGGUAGUUGCCCACUUGAAUUUCCCAAUGGCACCACGGUCAGGUAUUUGGAAGACGCGGAUGAGAUAGUUCUGGAGGCCUGGUGUGACAAUGGUACAAGGCGUAUUGGCUUUGGAGAAUGCCGGGGAAAAAUAUUGCCAUCUUUGCAAAACUGA